CAAACCUAAAUCAUCUUCCCGAAAUAUCUCUCCCAAUUAUGUUGAACAAAAUUGCAUUAUUUGUGGCCUUUGUUGCCGUGGCCCAGGCAGGUCUUCUGCCCGUGAAAUCAGUCGGCAGCGAGGACACCUUCGAUGCCCAUCCACAGUACGCCUUCAACUAUGAUGUCCAGGAUGGCGAAACCGGCGAUGUCAAGUCCCAGUCGGAGUCUCGUGAUGGCGAUGUGGUGCGUGGUCAGUACUCUGUCAACGAUGCGGAUGGCUAUCGUCGCAUUGUGGAGUACAGCGUCGAUGCCGAGAGUGGUUUCAAUGCUGUGGUCCGCCGUGAGCCACUCUCCGGUGCCGCUGCCGUGGUGGCAAGGCCCGCGGCUCCCAUCAAGUUGCAGCCACUGAAAAAGUUGCCCGUCCUGAAGCCCCACUCUCAGGCCUCGGCUGUGGUCCAUCGAUCCUUUGCCCCGGCCUCAACGGUUAUCCACCAUGCGCCCGUUACUCAUCACGUGGUGCACCAUGCAGCCCCAUCGCAGGCCAUUAUCUCGCAUCAUGUACCCGUGCUGAGAAACUCGUUGCAUGCAGCGCAUCCUCAGCACAUUUCUUAUGUUUUCUAG